CUGGGGGGAGGGCGGAGCGGGCCUCCUACCCCCGACUGCGCCUGGGCCAGGCGCCCCGCACCCUCCACCUGGCCCAGACUCGCGCGGCCCCUCGCCUCCUCCUGACACCCCCCAGGAGCGAGCCGAGGGACGCCCCAAUCGGACCCCCCAGUUAAAACUCCCGACUCCCGACCUUUCCCGGGCUCCCGGGUCCGCCGAGGAAGCCGGAGCCGCGGGCCUCGGCCCAUGCUGGGACUGCGGGGCGGCCGGGCGCGGGGCCAAAGGCGGGGCGGGGGCGGGAGCGGGGGCCUUUAAGAGGCGCGGCCGCCGGGACCGAGCCAGACGCGGGCAGCGCCGGGACUCGCCUCCGCCGCCGCCGCGCACGGCCCGCAGCGCUCCGGCUCCUCCUCUCGCGACCGCCCUCCGCAGCGAUGGACGGAGACGGGGACCCAGAGAGCGUGGGCCAGCCGGAGGAGGCAAGCCCGGAGGAGCAGCCGGAGGAGGCGUGCGCGGAGGCGAGCGAGGAGGAGCGGCCCGAGGACCAGGAGGAGGAGGACCGGGAGGCGGCGGCGUACCUGGCCGAGCUGCCCGAGCCGCUGCUGCUGCGCGUGCUGGCCGAGCUGCCGGCCGCCGAGCUGGUGCGCGCCUGCCGCCUGGUGUGCCUGCGCUGGAAGGAGCUGGUGGACGGCGCCCCGCUGUGGCUGCUCAAGUGCCAGCAGGAGGGGCUGGCGCCCGAGGGCGGCGCGGAGGACGAGCGCGACCACUGGCAGCAGUUCUACUUCCUGAGCAAGCGGCGGCGCAACCUGCUGCGCAACCCGUGCGGGGAAGAGGACUUGGAGGGCUGGAGCGACGUGGAGCACGGCGGGGACGGCUGGAGGGUGGAGGAGCUGCCUGGAGACUGCGGGGUGGAAUUCACCCACGACGACGGCGUCAAGAAGUUCUUCGCCUCCUCCUUCGAGUGGUGUCGCAAAGCGCAGGUCAUUGAUCUGCAGGCCGAGGGCUACUGGGAGGAGCUGCUGGACACGACUCAGCCGGCCAUCGUGGUGAAGGACUGGUACUCGGGCCGCUGCGACGCCGGCUGCCUGUACGAGCUCACCGUGAAGCUGCUGUCUGAGAAUGAGGACGUGCUGGCAGAGUUCAGCAGCGGGCAGGUGGCAGUGCCCCAGGACAGUGACGGGGAGGGCUGGAUCGAGAUCUCCCACACCUUCACCGACUACGGGCCAGGCGUGCGCUUCGUCCGCUUCGAGCACGGGGGGCAGGACUCCGUCUACUGGAAGGGCUGGUUUGGGGCCCGGGUGACCAACAGCAGCGUGUGGGUGGAGCCCUGAGCGACCCUCCUGCAAGCUUCCCCAGCUGCCUGGAGGGGCAGAGGCUGGGGUGGAUAGGCCUUAACUUAGUCGUAGCAUCCUCGCCUUCCCCGAGCCACCAGCCCUUCUUCUCUCAGGCCCCUUGCUCCAAGCCCAGCCUUAGGCGGGGACAGAGGGGCUUGUUGGCAUAUAUUUGCUUCCGUUCGCACCUCCUCGCAGCCGGCUUCUAGAAUGUACGAUCGGUGAGGGCGUGGGCCCUGCUGAAUCUUCUGCACCUAGCACAGUGCCUACCUCAAAGGGGGCGCUUAAUAAAUAUUAUUUGUCCAAGGAAGGAAUGAAUGAACAAAGGAUGAAUGAGCACCUCUCCCCUCCCAUCCUUUUCUGUCUUCCGAGGGCCCAGCCUGGAAAAACACUUGGUGGGGCUCCAGCUGCUCCGGUUUCCAGGGGCCCUUGAGCCAGUGUGGAGCCGGUCAGGCCCGGGCCGGCAGGGCUGGACAAAGGCUGGGAUUGUGAGGCCGAGGAGGGGUGAGCUGGGCCUGGCGCCUGAUCGACACCCAAGCUGCCCAGAGGCCAGAACAGGGGGUGGGGAGGCUGCCCCCAAGCCUCUCUUGGCCCAGCGAUUAUCCUGUGAUUGUCCUACGCCUUGCUGCCGCCCCCUUUCCGAAGGCAGGGUGGUGGAGGUGGCGGUGGUGGCACAGGAUCUAGGGUACCAGUCCUCCUGGGCUGGGGUCUGGGAGGUGGGGGAGCACAGAAAGGACCAGUCUGGCGUCCCUCUUCAGUUCCUGCGCACUCCAUGCUGUCCUGGUGUUGGAUUGGCCUGGACUCAUGAGCAUUUGGUCUCAUCGGUCGUUUUCUGAGCCCGGCCCAGAGGCUGGCCCCUGGCACUGGUUUUGGGGACAGGAGCGUGUUGUGCCAGAGUCUGGGCCUGGGCACUCUCCUCUGCCCUCCCCAGCAGCUCUCCAACCCAGCCCUUCCCAGGACUCUCUGCUGGUCCUGGGGGCGUUUGAAGGGCUCGAAACACCUCCUCUCCUGCAGUGGCGACCAAUAAAAUCACUGUGACCCUG